AUGGAAGGUAUCACGAUACCAACAAUCAUUGAUCUUAUUCGACUCAUUCUUGAAUUUCAAUACGGUCUCUAUGAAAACAAUCUCUAUCAACAAAUUAAAGAAGAUGCUAUUAUUCAUCAAUCUUAUUUUGGCGAUGAAAUUUCUCUUCGACAAGGUGAUAUUGACGAUGUCUUUCGGAAUGCUAAACAUAUUUUAGAAGAUACAUUAUACAUUGGUGGUCAAGAACAUUUUUAUAUGGAAACAAAUUCUUGUAUAGUUAUACCAUCAAAUGAUGAGAAAGAAAUAACUUUAUAUGCAGGAACACAAGAUCCUACUUCUGCUCAAGAAAUAAUAGCGUUUGUUCUUGGACGAAAUGUUAAUCAUGUAACAUGUCAUGUCAAAAGAAUUGGUGGAGCAUUUGGUGGCAAAGGAACAAGAUCUCAUCCUCUGUGUGCUGCUGUUGCAGUAGCUGCUGUUAAACUUGGCACACAUAGGAUUUCAACUGAUGAUCAAGAUACACCAAUUUCGAUCUUACCUCCACUUAAUCAACAACAUCACGAUCCUCAACAUCAAAUUUAUAAUGAACAAGGUCAAGAGAUCGGAUCAAUGAAUAUUAAUAAUAAUGAUGAAUUUACAUUAGUUAAAAGUAAUAAAAAGAAAAUUAAAACAAAUCAUCAAUAUUAUCAAAUUGCUGCACCUGCAAACAAAAAUAGUAUUGUAACUAAGACAUCAUCUCAAGGUAAUCCUCUUAUACCAAAUACAAGUCAAACAAAUUCACAUAAUCGUGAAAAGAAUACGAAAAAUGUUAUUUCGGAAUAA